AUGGAGAAGGAGAUGCCCUCGGACGACGUGGUUCGUGCAGCCGUGCUCGAGGCUCUGCGCAAACCAGGCCGCACGCUGCAGACCACGAGUCGCAAGGACAUUCGCCGUGAGGUCGAGGCUGCCUUGGGUGGCAUCAACCUCAAGCCCCGCAAGGACCUCAUCAGUCAGGUCGUGGCGGAUUUUAUCCAACAACUACCCCCUGAGGCCACAGCCGGAGCUGAGCCACCAGUUGCAUCGGCCGCCCCGAUCAAAGCAGAGCCGACAACGCUCCCAGCCCCUACCACCACCAAAGCCAGCCCAGCCAGCAAGGACAAGCUGCCCGCGGCCAAACCAAAGCUGGAACAGGAGGCCUUGUCCGACGAUGACCCUGAGCAUGAGCUAGAUCUCACCGUUCGCGCCUAUGUGCCGGGCGCCAACGUCACCGGUAGUAAAUACGUCAACCCAGACGAAAUCUCGGACAGUGAUCUUGAAGAUGACAUGCCCGCCCCUCUCAAGCGCAAAUCGGUACCGGAGCGUCCAUCAGCCUCCGCAUCCCCCCGCAAGACCAAGCCCAAGGCUACGACCAGUCACAGUCAAGCCUCGAACCGCACCAAGAGUGCCGUUGACCCCGCCGAUCUGACCGGCAACUCGGCCUGGUCUGUUGGCGAAAUGUCCGACUUGGAUCGUCGCAACGCAGGCAAAACGGCGUACAACUAUGAGCACGAACUCUCGGAGGGCCUGGCAAAAUUCAUGGGUCGACCUACCGCAACUCGCGCUGAUGGCACGUACAGCUUAGAUGAGAAUCUUAGUUCAGCCUUGGGUCGAAAGACGCUGACCUUCAAGAGCCUGCAAAAGGCUCUCUCUGCAAACAUGAAAAAAUACUAUAAGCCAGAGCCCCUUGCCGUUCGGCAAAUGGUCCACGACUCGGACGACGACGACGACGAUGAGCACGACAAGCCUGCCGUACCGUCCAAGAAACGCGCCAAAACAGUCGCGUCUAAUUCGUCAAAAUCUGCCACCGAGCAGAAAAAAACCACCAAAAAGGCUCCCAAAAAGGAUGGUCGCCUCAAGCAACUUUCCAGUGUCUUGGCCGUCGUGGUGGGCUGCGCUGAAGAGACUCGACCACAGGUCGUGUCCAAGCUGUGGACCUAUAUUCGUGGCCACAAUCUUCAAAACCCCGACAAAAAGCGUGAGAUUCUCUGCGACGAAGCACUCCGUGCCGUUUUCAAAAAGCAAGCCAAGUUCGCCAAGCUGUACGCGCCACAGUGUAGCCAAGCACCGGACCGGCAUGAUAUGCCCAACGUGAGACAGACGCGUCGAGCAUGA